UGCCCUGACGUCGCUCCUCGUUGAUGACGGUGGCAGACAGCCUCAGUAUCCGAGGAGGAGUUCCUGCUAACACAAGAUACAUUUUCCAACGAGCUGCUCUGGAAAUACACAAGAGCAGGGAAAUAGACGACUGCCACCGAGGCAUUGUGGGAAACCUGUGAGCUGUACGUGACCCGACGCUGCCUCACAGGCGACUCUCACAUUUGUUUUGGAGGCCUGUUGCUAACUACGGGAAAUCCUCGGGCUAGCCCCGGUAGUCACUGGGCCGAAGAAGGACGUGGAGGACCAGGAGCUGUUGCUCCGUGGGCUGCUUUAGUCGACGCUAGCUGCUCCAUCUUACUGUAUUAACGUAGACGUGAGCUCCCAGGCUCCUCGGUGGUGGAUCUAAAUCAACGUAACUAGACGAUGUCACUUUGACAGCUAGCUAACAUUAGCUCUCCUGUGUUUACAAGCCAAAGCUCCUCUGGAGAAGUGGCCACUUAGGUGUGUUUGCUUCAGUUGGGGGGUUUCACGCUCGGCCUCUUCUCACCUGUCUGCUCGCUGGUUGUGAUUUGUGAACUUGUUGAACUUCUGUGUCCUCGGACUGAAGGUCGCCAGCUCGACCAGAAGGUCUCUCCGCUGAGGUUGUCACAUCUCCAGGCUUAUCUGCUGCAGCGCAAACUUUGUUACCUGCUUGGACUUGUGAGGAUCAGUCGAGUUUCUUUGUUUUCUUUGAAUGUUAGAGACAGAACAUCAAAUAUAUUGUUAAGGGUUAAAAACACGUAUGUUUUAAAUGCGAAGACGAAGAGGUUUGAUCAGAAGGAGUCGACGUGUACUGAUUUGAUUAUUAUUGGGACACAGCUGAAGCACAGUGUCCCGGAUGCCGGCUCCCAGAGAAGUGUGGGUUUUGCUGCUGUCAGGAUCCCCAGGUGUCACCUGUUCUGCUCGGCUUUGUUAAUCUCACACCAGCAUCCAACAUCUGCUGCACCAGAGGGAAUCGACCCGCAACAUCUCACAACAAGACCACGAUGAAUCGCUACCUGCCUGUGGCACGGCAGCACUUCCUGGCUGCUCUGGCCAGCACCAGUGUGGUGGUGAAGAGCAUCAGCGCCGUGGUGGUGCUCCUCUACCUGCUGUCAUGGGCCGUCAACACCCCGUCCGCGCUGGCGGUGACCCCGGGCUACCUCUUUCCGCCCAACUUCUGGGUGUGGACACUGGUGACCCACGGGGUCGUGGAGCAGCACGUCUGGGGCGUGGCAGCCAAUGUGGGGACAGUGAUGGCCUGUGGCCGCCUCCUGGAGCCUCUGUGGGGCGCGCUGGAGCUCCUGAUCUUUUUUGCAGUGGUUAAUGUGUCUGCGGGCCUCCUGGCUGGACUCUCCUACCUCCUCACCUAUGUGGCCACCUUUGACCUGGACUUCCUGUUUGCUGUGCGGGUCCAUGGAGCCGCCGCGUUCCUUGGAGGUGUCCUGGUGGCGUUGAAGCAGACCAUGGGGGACACUACGGUGCUCAGAGUGCCACAGGUGAGACUUAAAGCAGCACCAGCUUUGGUCCUCCUGCUCCUGGCCUUACUGCGCCUGUCUGGGCUGCUCGACAACUCUGCCCCACUGGCUGCGUACAGCUACGGCGCACUGUCCGGUUGGGUCUACCUGCGCUUCUACCAGAGGCACAGCCGGGGACGCGGGGACAUGUCAGACCACUUCGCCUUUGCAAGUUUCUUCCCUGAGGCUGUGCAGCCUGUCGUGGGGCUGCUGGCGGGGCUGAUUCACUCUGUUCUUGUCAAGAUAAAGGUGUGCAGGAAGAUGGUGAAGAGAUACGACGUGGGGGCACCGUCCUCCAUCACUAUCAGCCUGCCAGGGACAGACCCACAGGAUGCAGAGAGGAGGAGACAACUGGCCCUCAAAGCUCUGAACGAGCGCCUAAAGCGUGUGGAGGACCAGUCUGCCUGGCCGAGCAUGGACGACGAGGAAGAUGAUGAUGAGGACGAAGUCAGAACUGACACACAUCCCCUCCUCCCAGGUGGGAGAGACACCUCAUCCUCCUCCACACUGAGACCAGCAGGGGGACCCAUCGGCGCCUCCACCUUGUCAUCCACAAUGUCGCAGAGCGGCGGAGCAGCAUCCACAGGCGGCACACAACACCCGGAGUCCAGCAUUAUCAGCUUCGAGGAUGCACCUUCUAGAUCGUAACAAAUGGAACGUACGUUUUACGGAUCCGCACGCUGUGUUCUGUGUGACUAGCAGGUACUAGCAUUCACUGUCUCUGGCUAGUAUACUGAUAUAUUCGGUGACAGUGAUUAGGCAUACACCCUCACACACACACACACACAAACAAACACACGACAUCUUUGACGACCGUGCGCUAACACACACACUGUCAAUGUCAUUGUGAAGCCCAAAGAGGUGGUAACUGUGCAGUGCUUUCAGUUGAGACGUUUGGUUGUUAACACUCAGUGUAUUUGGGCAAAUUGGACUCUUUAUUCUUCUCAUCCUUUCUGCUUCAUCCAGAAAUUCUGUCUUGUCUGGACUUUAUCCGAACAGCAGAGCUCUGUCUGCUGUAAACUCUAUGUGUCUCUUUGUCUUGGGUCCUAAAUAAAUAACAAAAUGUUUGUACAAUAUUCUUUUUGUAAGUCAUUUUGAGAGCAGCCAUAAUUGUUCUCUGAUUGCCUGCUACAUGAAAGUCGUCAGUGACAGAGACUUGUGCCGAAUUUUUGAUUCUAAACUCUGCCAACCCUUUUCACGCACUGGUGUGAUAAGUGCUAAAAAAUGGCUGCACGAGACGUUAGUGUUUGGUUGUUUGGUUCCAAAUAUGUAACCAGAUGUGUAACAGAGGGGAAAGUGGGAAAAGCAUGUGCUUGUUCAGCACCAGCUGCUGUACCAGAGGAAAGAAGCUGCUGCAGGUCUGACCUGCUGAUGAACUUUGAUACAAAGUGCCAGGGGAAAGAAUUUUUCAAACCAGGUUCAUUUGCCGCCUGGUGUCUCUCUGGAACAGCAGGCUGAAAAAUGGACUCUGGAUCAGUUUUCUUUUGUUUUUCUUAUUGCCCAGAUUGGUGGUCAGUGGAAAUCAAUUUGGUAUUUUUAUCUUUGCUUUUUUCUUCACAAAAUCCAAAAGAAAAUUCUAACUUUGUAUCUGUGCAUUAACAAGACAUGCAAAUGGUGUUACUCUCACAGAGAGACGGUGGUGAUGAUUUUGAUUCUUCUUGUUUUAUGACAUUAUAUGUUUAAGUUAAUUUCAGGCCUAAUCCUGGAGCACCAUCCUGCACCGCUUUACUCUUCCUCAUCCCAACUCUUUAGCCGUCUGAGUGAAUAUGAUACAGAGAAGUGUACAGUGUGUCAUGGUUGUGUUGGCUCCUUUUCAAAUGCAGAGGAGUGAUCAUGAGAAGAUUAGAUAACAGCCUGUAUCCACAGUGUGCUGGUAUUUUUAUGUCACAAUGAUCAGUGGGUUGCAGAUUCAGAGUUUGUAUCUGUGAUGUGUAAGACAUUGACUCACGAGGAUUAAUUACUUUAAAGACCGAAGAUGCCUGUGUUGAUCAGUAGUCUGUCUGGUACAGGUCUCUCAGUCAUAUCCUAUCCGCUUAUACAUCUCUCAUUUCUUAAAAGACAGAGCUACACUGAAGGCAGUGAUGAAUAAUUCACUAUGGAGGUUGAGGGGCAGCUUAAUUGGUUAAUCUAAAAUGUUUCAUGAAUUCCAAACAAACAAGGUCAGUGACACAUUUGUAUAAAUUAAUCACUGCACAUGUCCAGUUAUAUUAUAGUAACAAAUCAAAUUUUUGAAAUUCCAAUUUCCCUUAUGACCUUGUUGAUUAAAGUCAGCUGCAGCCAAUAAAUAUUUGUUCACGUCGCAAUCCUGCUGGUCGGACACUGAAGUGUUGUGAUCACAGGGUUGAAAAUGUCUCUGAUUUUAUUGAGGAUUCCCGAGUUGUUAGGAAAGUGAAUAUGAACUUCUGCUGCGUAUAUUUCAUGGUUCUGAACGUGAACAUUUUUAAACGCUACUGAAAUUCUUGAUGGUCUUUCAAGGAAAACAAGCUCAGAAAUGUAUUCUGCAGUUUUUCUUUAUGGUUAGGUUGAUGCCUAUUAAAAUUCAGAGACAAAAAAUGCAGAUUCAUGUCACCACUGUUUGGUUUUGACAUUUUACUCUCUUAGCAAGCCAGAAAAGCUAUUUGCAAUUUAGGAAUAACAAACAUACUGUUACAUGUCAAAUGUAUAGUGGUUAUUUUUCUAUUUAAUAUUUGUUUUGUGGAGAAUAAACCUCAGUUUGCCUUACUGAUCACUUUAUUUCCCAUCAAUUUAAAGAGCAUAAAUAUUGACAACCGAAAUCCACCAAAUCAAAUAAAAGACACAGCUGGUUAUUUGUGGUUAUUUAUGAUCGUCAUGCCCUCCUUUAUUAACCAGCAGGAAAAUUGAAUACAUGAGCAAACCCUAAUCUUCUCCUCCCGUCCUUUCAGCAGUAGUAGUCUGUGCUUCGCGAAAAACGAAAUGACAGUUUACACUUGACAAGGUCAAGGUUUAUUUCCAUUCUGGGAGCAUGUUCCCGGAUUAAAAUUUUCGACUACUGCAAAUUCAGAUUAAAUGUGAAGAGUUUUGAGUCUUGGAGUCCAAGCAAUGAGAAAGCGUUGCUUUUCACCUGAUUGGAACAUGUUAUUGUUUGGAAGUGAUAAGCCAUAUUGGAGGGAUGAAACUCUCUGUGUUCUGUCCUGUGUUUCUCCUUGUUUCCUCUGCUUAUUUCACUGUGCUCCUACUAGUGGAGGUUUGCUUUGGAUGAGUGGGGCCAGUUAAUAUGACUGAGUUUUUGUAUUGAUGAAUGGACGUGUUUUCAGACUAGAUCCAGCUUUAAUGUGCAGAAAGUUUGGCUACAGUCAUACAUCUGAAAUCUUUUUCCGCACAGCCCUCUACAUACAGUAACUGCUAAAAGCAACAGUACAGUCUCAAGAAGUUGAUGUUGGUGAUGUUUUUUGGAGCUCAGAUGCUGGAAGAACUCUCACACCACAUGAUAAACAUCAACAAUGCAGCAAAACCCAUUCAAACAUGGAGUUGCAACAUGGUCAAGUGUUGUAAUUUGAUCUGCGAAGAAUAAUGUUGUAGUUUGAGGUUUCAGAUCGAGUCUGGCUAAUCUGACAUUCAGCCAAAUCCCCCGAUCAGUUCUUGUUCUGUCAUCUUCAGUUUUUUUUUCUUUGUAUUAUUGUUUGUUCUGUCUCUGAACGCCAUGAAAAGUUGAGAAUGCAAUCACAUUUAAACAAUUGAGAUGUUCUGAUACCAGCGCAAAAUAAUAAUUUCUCUAACAUAUUUUGACAGCUGUAUGCUACCGACACUGUAUGGAAGGGAUUAUUAGUGUUGUAUGUAUGGCGUGGCUCAGGUUGAACCCAUUGAAAAUGAAUACAUGCGAGAAUGUCGUAGAACUUCUUUGUUAUACAGUUUGACAGUCAAAAAUGAAAAGAAACAAAAAUAAAUAAUUUUAGGAAAAUAAAACGGUUACCUCCUUUUAAAAAGAUUGAAACUCAGUACACGUCGCCGCUGAACCUGGGAGAAUAUUAUAAAAAUUUACGUUUUAUUUAGCUCUGACUAAAGCUACCGGAAAUCGCUUCCUCUCCACUGCUCUAAAAACAGUACUUGCCAGUGGCAGAACAGGAAAGAAGAAGUUAUUAUCUAGAUAGGAAAAUUGCAGUUUUAUCUGAUCGAAACUAAUAUACUUUAAAGACGUAGUAUCAACAUUUCCGUCAGCCCCGGAGGCAUUUCCCAUGCUAUUAUUGGUAUCAGAACACUUCUGAUGAGUAAUGCCACUGUACGCUUGGUGUAGACAAAGUAUGAUGUCAGUGAUGUUUUCAAGCAGUGCUUAUUACACUGCAGUGGCCAAUGAGCAUGAGCCUAAAUGCUAUCAUUGCAAUUUAGUGACAUAUACUGUGUUUUUCCCAUGUGCGUUGGUAUCAUGUGUUAAAUGCAGAUCAUUAUUCCAUUUUUUUUUCAUGUCUAUUCGGUAAAAUAGCGGCUGUGGGGUAACACCAGCGUCAUGCUCUGUAGAUGAAAGCUGUUCUCCUGCCCCCCCUGGUGAAAAAUAGAUCACAGAUGAAAACCUUCUGAUUUCUUUUCCUGUUGGCCAAAGUGGACAUUGGAAACAUUUUUCUUUUUUUAAAAAAUAUUUUUCAGACCUUUUACAUUUUCCUCAUGUCCCUACUUUUGCACCAAACAGAUUUUGUUCACACUAAUGACCGUUUUGAUCUUUCUCUGUACUGUGGCUAUUCCACAGACUCUUAUGGUUUUAGUUUUAAGAUAUAUUUCUUUAUCUCUGUAUGAAAUAAAAGACGAUUGUAUGACGAAAGAAA